UGCAAGCAGAGCAACCAGACCACCAAAUAAAUUCCCAAUCAAUUCCCUUCAUAAUGAAGUCAGUCCCUCUCUCUCUCUCUCUCUCUCUCUCUUCAUAAUAAAGUCAAUCUCUCUUCUCCAUUACUUUUACUCCACUCAUCAACCCAAUUCUCGUCCUCCAUUAUUUCACCAUAAUUUCCUUAACCUUGUUUUCUGAGCAUUUCAUUUGAUGAUUCUGUCUCUCUUGAUCUCUGUCUCAACAUUGCCAAAUAUGGGGCUAUAAAUCCCUGUAACUUCCAUUGCUUUGUCAUGCAUUGCAUUUGAUUCAUCUCCUUCAUUGGGAGUUGACUCAAGGGAGUAUAAAUCCUCUGCAAGUUCUAAGGUUUUUGGUAGGUGAUUGAGGAAUGCAGCAUUUACAGUCGGAGGGUCCAGCCGCCAUGACCUUCGACGAGGCCUCCAUGGAAAGGAGUAAGAGCUUUAUGAAGGCCCUACUGGAGCUUAAGAAUUUGAGGCCACAAUUGUAUUCAGCUGCAGAAUAUUGUGAAAAGUCGUAUCUCCAUAAUGAGCAGAAACAGAUGGUACUGGAUAACUUGAAAGACUAUGCAGUUAGAGCUCUUGUCAAUGCAGUUGACCAUCUUGGUACAGUUGCAUACAAGUUAACUGACCUGUUUGAGCAACAAACAGUGGAUGCCUCAUCAGUGGAGCUGAAGAUUUCAUGUCUGAAUCAGCAUCUUCAAACUUGUCAAGCUUAUACAGAUAAGGAAGGACUAAAACAGCAGCAGUUGUUUACAGUCAUCCCGAGACAUCAUAAACAUUAUGUUUUGCCAAAGCUAGAUACCGUGAACAAGAAGUCCCAGAGUAAUGGGCAGAUAAGGCGUGAAGCUGGCCAAAAAGAUGUGCAGGCAAAGCCUUUCCCUUUAGGCACCAGUGCAUCAAAAACUCUUUCAUGGCAUUUAGCUUCAAAUUCUAAGGCUACACCAGAGGGGGACUUAUACACAUCAACUACAAGUGUGAGAGAUUCUACAUCUUCUGCAACUGCUUCUGGUGUCUUCUAUCUGCCUGAUGAAGUUGCUACCUCAUCAAUGCCUCCUUCGGCUGCACGCAUUGAACCGUCAAACCGAGCUGCCGAUUCAGGUGUUGCACUGCAUGCUCUCGGUAUCACACGACGGGAUGCUGCCGAAAAUGCAAAAUCGUUGUCACAGUACAGGUCUUUUGAUAAUGUUGGCCGGCGUGAGAUAUCUCGGCCACCAGUUCGCAGCAAAAGCAUGUUAUCCGCACUGUUCACAAAGCACAAGUCUGCAAAGAUAAAAUUGGGUCAUCCUGCGUGAUCGAUUCAAUUAAGAUACGAGGCUAUGGAUAUUUGUUUUCUUUCUAUACAAAGUUAGAUGGAAAUUUUUCUCGUACUUCAAUGGUACAAGUUCGAGAGAUUUUCUUGGACCUCGAUGUCACACUGCGAUGGCCUGAUUUCACAUGACAGCCAGGAAUCAUCCUUCUUGUUCCAGAAUUAGAUGAUAUCUAUGUAUGUGAUGGAUAUUGUUCAUGUAUGCAUUCAUCCAUGCACGUGUGCACGUGGUUUGCAUGCGCAUGAAUGCUACCAUAAUGAUAUCCGUCUAUAUAUGCAUGCAAGUUAACUUGAUCACUUAUAUGUAAUGUGCUUACAGUCUAAUGUUCAUUUGGUGCUUGAUGUCA